CGGUUGCAUCCAUUCGACCCUCCCGAAGCCCUCGCGGGCCACUGCCCCUCUGCAGCCAUGAAAACUAAGCCCGUUUCCCACAAGACCGAGAAUACCUACCGGUUUCUUACGUUUGCUGAACGACUGGGGAAUGUGAAUAUCGAUAUUAUUCACCGGAUUGAUAGAACCGCAAGCUAUGAUGAGGAGGUCGAAACCUACUUUUUUGAGGGUCUGCUGAAAUGGAGAGAAUUGAACCUUACGGAACACUUUGGGAAAUUUUAUAAAGAAGUUAUUGACAAAUGCCAAUCAUUCAAUCAGUUGGUCUACCAUCAAAACGAGAUAGUUCAGAGUUUGAAGACUCACCUACAAAUUAAGAACAGUUUUGCCUAUCAACCUCUUUUGGAUUAUAGCAUGUACAGUACACUUCUGGCUCAUAAAAAACUACAUAUACGAAAUUUUGCUGCUGAAAGCUUUACUUUUUUGAUGAGAAAGGUCUCUGAUAAAAAUGCACUUUUCAAUUUAAUGUUUCUUGAUCUUCAUGAACAUCCAGAAAAAGUAGAAGGAGUUGGACAAUUGAUCUUUGAAAUGUGCAAAGGAGUUAGAAAUAUGUUUCACUCCUGUACAGGCCAGGCAGUGAAACUAAUUUUGCAAAAGCUAGGACCAGUUACUGAAACAGAAACUCAGCUACCAUGGAUUUUAGUUGGAGAAACACUGAAAAACAUGGUCAAGUCCACUGUGCAGUACAUCUACAAGGAAAAUUUUGGUGCAUUUUUUGAAUGUUUGCAAGAAUCCCUCCUGGAUCUACAUACAAAAGUAACAAAAACUAACUGUUGUGAAAGUUCUGAACAGAUAAAAAGGUUGUUAGAAGCAUAUCUGAUACUCGUGAAAUAUGGAAAUGGAUCAAAGAUAACCAAACCUACUGAUGUCUGUAAAGUAUUGUCUCAAAUGUUACAAAUAGCUCAUCUCUCCACAUCUUGCCGGGAGACCCUCUUGGGUGUAAUUUCUGCUUUGAUCUUAGGUGAAAAUGUUCCCUUGCCAGAGACCCUCAUCAAAGAAACCAUAGAAAAAAUUUUUGAAAGCAGGUUUGAAAGACGUUUAAUUUUGGAUUUUUCUGAAGUCAUGUUUGCUAUGAAGCAGUUUGAGCAGCUUUUUCUACCAAGCUUUCUCUCAUAUGUUGACAAUUGCUUCUUGAUUGAUGAUGUUGUGGUCAAAGAUGAAGCUCUGGCCAUUCUGGCAAAGCUCAUUCUCAACAAAGCAGCACCUCCCACUGCUGGCUCGAUGGCAAUUGAAAAGUACCCUCUGGUUUUCUCACAACAGACAGUGGGAUCAUAUAGAAAACAGAAGAUGACUCGAACCAAGAAAGGAAGGGAACAGUUUCCAGUGUUGGACCAUCUCUUAUCUGUAAUUCAGUUACCCCCAAAUAAAGAUACCACUCACCUUUCACAGUCUUGGGCAGCACUUGUAGUGUUACCUCAUGUUAGACCCCUUGAGAAAGAGACAGUGAUACCACUAGUCACAUGCUUCAUAGAGUCGCUCUUCAUGACUGUUGACCAAGGGAGCUUUGGAAAAGGAAACUUAUUUGUUCUUUGCCAAGCUGUAAGUACUCUGCUAAGUUUGGAAGAAUCUUCUGAACUUCUUCAUUUGGUUCCUGUGGAGCAUGUAAAGAAUUUAGUAUUAAUGUUUCCUUUGGAGCCAUCUGUGUUGCUGUUGGCUGAUCUCUAUUAUCAGAGAUUAUCCUUAUGUGGCUGCAAAGGGCCACUUUCUGAGGAAGCUUUAAUGGAAUUAUUUCCCAAGUUACAAGCAAACAUUUCAACUGGUGUAUCCAAGGUAAUAAAUACUGUUUUGUGAUAUCUUCGCUCACAUUUAAUAUUCUUUUUGGAAAAUCACAAUACUGACCUGCCUCCUUGGCUUUCUCUGCCUGUUCAGGAUGAUGGGCUCACAAAGCGGCAGUCUGCCUUUGCUGUGUUACGCCAGGCAGAGCUUGUUGCAGCAACUGUGAACGAUUACAGAGAGAAGCUUCUUCAUUUGAGAAAACUAAGGCAUGAUGUGGUGCAGACUGCAGUCCCUGAUGGGCCAUUACAGGAGGUGCCACUUCGUUAUUUGUUAGGCAUGUUAUAUGUUAACUUCAGUGCUCUCUGGGAUCCUGUUAUUGAACUCAUAAGUUCUCAUGCACACGAAAUGGAAAAUAAGCAGUUUUGGAAAGUCUACUAUGAACAUCUAGAAAAAGCAGCUACACAUGCUGAGAAAGAACUGCAAAAUGAUGUAAGAGAUGAGGAUAAGUCCAUUGGAGAUGAAAGUUGGGAGCAGAUCCAGGAAGGGGAUGUUGGAGCUCUUUAUCACCAGCAGUUGGCAUUAAAAACUGAUUGUUGGGAAAGACUGGACCAUACCAACUUUCGAUUUUUACUUUGGCGAGCUCUGGCCAAAUUCCCAGAGAGAGUAGAGCCACGGUCCAGGGAGCUUUCCCCGCUUUUCUUGAGAUUUAUCAACAACGAGUAUUACCCAGCAGAUCUACAAGUUGCUCCAACCCAGGACCUGCGCAGAAAAGGCAAAGGGGUGGCAGCCAAGGAUCCUGAGGAGGAGCCUGCUGCUGGGGAUGAGGAGCGGUUGGAGGAGGAGGUGGGUCCUGAAGACGAACCCUCCCAGAAGAAAAAGACACGAAGAGCUGCAGCAAAGCAAUUAAUUGCUCAUUUGCAAGUUUUCUCUAAAUUUUCAAAUCCACGGGCCUUAUAUCUGGAAUCCAAAUUAUAUGAGUUAUAUCUUCAGGUAAGUAAAAUAAAUUCUUGGCACUAUAAUUCUUUUACUGUUGAUUAAGUGAUGAUUUAUGCUACAUUCUAUUUUUCAAGGGAAAACUUACAAAGGUUGCUUGAAGACAGAAGCUUUAAGGAAGAGAUAGUGCAUUUCAGUAUUUCUGAAGAUAAUACUGUAGUGAAAACAGCUCACCGAGCAGAUCUGUUUCCUAUUCUGAUGAGAAUUUUGUAUGGGCGAAUGAAGAAUAAGACAGGGAGUAAAACUCAGGGGAAAUCUGCUUCAGGCACCCGCACGGCCAUUGUUCUGCGGUUCCUUGCUGGGACCCAGCCUGAGGAGAUCCAGAUAUUCUUAGACCUGCUGUUUGAACCUGUGAAGCACUUCCAGAAGGGAGAGUGCCAUUCUGCAGUCAUUGAAGCAGUAAAAGAUUUGGAUUUGUCUAAAGUUCUUCCUUUGGGCCGUCAGCAUGGUAUCUUAAAUAGCCUUGAAAUAGUAUUGAAGAACAUUAGUCAUCUGAUCAGUGCAUACUUACCAAAGAUCUUGCAGAUAUUGGUCUGUAUGACAGCAACCGUGUCACACAUACUUGACCAACGAGAAAAGAUACAGCUGAGGUUUAUUAACCCACUGAAAAAUUUAAGACGUCUUGGAAUCAAAAUGGUAACUGAUAUCUUUUUGGAUUGGGAAUCCUAUCAGUUCAGAACAGAAGAAAUUGAUGCUGUGUUUCAUGGUGCAGUUUGGCCCCAGAUCAACAGGCUUGGAUCUGAGAGUCAGUAUUCUCCUACUCCUCUGCUGAAACUAAUUAGUACCUGGAGCAGAAAUGCAAGAUAUUUUCCUUUUCUGGCUAAGCAGAAGCCUGGGCACCCAGAAUGUGAUAUCCUGACCAAUGUUUUUGCGAUUCUCUCAGCAAAGAAUCUCUCUGAUGCCACAGCCAGUAUUGUGAUGGAUAUAGUUGAUGACCUUCUUAAUCUUCCAGAUUUUGAGCCCACAGAAACAGUUUUGAGCUUGCCAGUAACUGGAUGCAUAUACACUGACAUAGCAGAAAAUGCAGAUGAGUCCAUCAAAAUGGGAGGAAGAUUAAUUCUACCUCAUGUAUCUGCAAUUCUUCAGUAUCUCAGCAAAACCACAAUAAGUGCAGAAAAGGUGAAAAAGAAAAAGAACAGGGCACAAGUCAGUAAGGAACUUGGCAUUCUUUCAAAGAUUAGCAAGUUUAUGAAAGACAAAGAACAAAGUUCUGUGCUUAUUACACUUCUCCUUCCUUUUCUCCACCGUGGUAAUAUUGCUCAGGAUACAGAGGUCGAUAUUCUGGUGACAGUACAAAACUUGUUAAAACAUUGUGUGGAUCCUACAAGCUUCCUCAAGCCUAUAGCAAAACUCUUCUCAGUUAUUAAGAACAAGUUGUCGAGACAAUUGCUUUGUACAGUUUUUCAGACUCUUUCUGAUUUUGAGAAUGGAUUAAAAUAUAUUACUGAUAUUGUCAAGCUUAACGCCUUUGAUCAAAGACAUCUUGAUGAUAUCAACUUUGACGUUCGCUUUGCAACAUUCCAGACCAUUAUCUCUUAUAUUAAAGAAAUGCAAACCGUGGAUGUUAACUACCUAAUCCCAGUUAUGCAUAAUUGUUUCUAUAAUCUGGAGUUAGGAGAUAUGUCUUUAAGUGAUAAUGCCAGCAUGUGCUUGAUGAGUAUCAUUAAAAAGCUAGCUGACUUGAACGUCACAGAGAGAGAAUAUAGAGAAAUCAUUCAUCGUUCACUCCUGGAGAGAUUGAGGAAAGGGUUGAAAAGCCAGACAGAGAGUGUUCAACAGGAUUAUACCACGAUACUUUCCUGUUUAAUUCAAACUUUUCCAAAUCAACUGGAAUUUAAAGACUUGGUACAGCUUACUCAUUACCAUGAUCCAGAAAUGGACUUCUUUGAGAACAUGAAGCACAUUCAGAUCCACAGAAGAGCAAGAGCCUUGAAGAAACUUGCAAAACAGCUGAUGGAAGGCAAAGUUGUGCUGUCUUCUAAGUCUCUCCAGAAUUAUAUCAUGCCUUAUGCCAUGACUCCAAUUUUUGAUGAGAAAAUGCUCAAGCAUGAAAAUAUAACCAUUGCUGCUACAGAGGUUAUUGGAGCUAUUUGCAAACAUCUCUCUUGGUCAGCAUAUAUAUAUUACUUGAAACAUUUCAUUCAUGUAUUACAGACAGGACAGAUCAAUCAAAAGUUGGGUGUCAGUUUGCUGGUAAUAGUAUUAGAAGCAUUUCACUUUGACCACAAAACUCUUGAACAACAAAUGGGAAAAAUUCAGAAUGAAGAAAAUACAAUAGACAUGACUGAGAUACCAGGGCAUGAAGCCAUGGAAUUAGAGCAUAAGGAUGAAGAAGAGAAUGAAAAUACAUGUAAGAGUUUGUCAGACGACAAUGAAGAACUGGGAAAUCCUGAUCCAGCUGAUUCUGCAGGGAUAUUAGCUAAGGAAUCCGAGUGUGAAGAUCUGGGUGUCCACUUCCUACAGUAUAUUUUAAAAGAAUUACAGACUACCCUUGUUCGUGGGUAUCAGGUCCAUGUGUUAACUUUCACUGUUUGCAUGUUGCUGCAAGGCCUCACCAACAAGCUCCAAGUUGGGGAUUUGGAUUCUUGUUUAGAUAUAAUGAUUGAGAUUUUUAACCAUGAGCUGUUUGGUGCUGUUGCUGAAGAGAAGGAAGUAAAGCAGAUUCUCUCCAAAGUCAUGGAGGCGCGAAGAAGCAAGAGUUAUGAUUCUUAUGAAAUCCUGGGCAAGUUUGUAGGAAAAGAUCAGGUUACAAAACUUAUCCUUCCGUUAAAAGAGAUCUUACAAAAUACCACGAGUUUAAAACUGGCCCGGAAAGUUCAUGAAACUUUACGCCGAAUCAUAGCAGGAUUAAUUGUAAAUCAGAAAAUGACAGCAGAAUCCAUUCUAUUGCUCAGUUAUGGUUUGGUCAGUGAAAAUCUUCCCCUUUUAACAGAGAAAGAAAAAAAUCCAGCAGCCCCUGCGCCAGAUCCGCGUCUGCCACCCCAGAGCUGCCUUCUACUCCCCCCAACUCCAGUUCGAGGCGGACAGAAAGCUGCUGUCAGCAGGAAAACCAACAUGCACAUAUUUAUUGAGUCUGGGCUUCGGCUGCUUCAUCUAAGUCUGAAGACUUCCAAGAUCAAGUCUUCAAGUGAACAUGUCCUAGAAAUGUUGGACCCUUUUGUGUCUCUCCUCAUAGACUGCCUGGGUUCCGUGGAUGUGAAGGUUAUCACAGGUUCUUUACAAUGCCUGAUCUGGGUCUUAAGAUUCCCUCUGCCUUCCAUAGAAACAAAAGCGGAACAGCUGACGAAACACCUUUUUCUUUUGCUGAAAGACUAUGCCAAACUUGGGGCUGCCAGGGGCCAGAACUUCCACCUGGCAGUCAAUUGCUUCAAGUGUGUGACCAUACUUGUAAAGAAAGUCAAGUCUUACCAGAUAACUGAAAAACAGCUUCAAGUUCUCCUGGCAUAUGCUGAAGAGGACAUUUAUGAUACUACAAGACAAGCCACUGCAUUUGGUCUUCUGAAGGCUAUUUUAUCAAGAAAGUUGUUGGUCCCAGAAAUUGAUGAUGUCAUGAGGAAAGUAUCCAAGUUGGCAAUUUCUGCACAAAGCGAACCUGCCAGAGUCCAAUGCAGACAGGUUUUUCUGAAAUAUAUUCUUGACUAUCCCCUGGGUGACAAGUUGAGACCAAACUUGGAAUUCAUACUUGCUCAACUGAAUUAUGAACACGAGACCGGGAGAGAGUCCACCUUGGAAAUGAUCGCCUAUCUCUUUGACACAUUCCCUCAGGGACUGCUCCAUGAGAACUGCGGAAUGUUCUUUAUUCCUCUUUGUCUCAUGAUGGUGAAUGAUGACUCUGCCAAGUGCAAAAAGAUGGCAUCCAUGACAAUCAAAUCCUUACUUAGUAAAAUCAAUCUUGAGAAAAAAGAUUGGCUGUUUGACAUGGUUACCACCUGGUUUGGAGCAAAAAAGAGCUUAAAUAGGCAACUCGCUGCCCUGGUCUGUGGCUUGUUUGUGGAAAGUGAAAGAGUUGAUUUUGAGAGAAGACUUGGAACUGUUCUUCCUGUUAUUGAAAAAGAAAUUGAUCCUGAAAACUUUAAGGAUAUCAUGGAAGAGACUGAAGAAAAAGCUGCAGAUCGCCUUCUGUUUACUUUUCUCACACUGAUAAGUAAACUCAUCAAGGAAUGUAAUAUUAUUCAGUUUACCAAGCCCUCUGAAACUUUGAGUAAAAUCUGGAGUCAUGUGCAGUCUCACCUGAGACAUCCACACAACUGGGUGUGGCUUACAGCAGCCCAGAUUUUUGGAUUGCUUUUUGCCUCUUGCCAGCCAGAGGAGCUGAUUCAAAAAUGGAACUCCAAAAAGACUAAAAAGAAACUCUCAGAACCUGUAGCAGUCAAGUUCCUGACAAGUGACCUUGACCAAAAGAUGAAAAGUAUCUCUCUGGCUUCUUGCCACCAAUUACAUUCCAAAUUCUUGGAUCAGUCUCUAGGAGAGCAGGUUGUUAAGAAUUUAUUGUUCGUAGCCAAGGUCUUGUAUUUACUGGAACCUGCUUCUGAGAAGAAGCAAGGUGAGAUAAAAGAAGACAUGAGAGGACAAGAAGCCUUAGGAGGUGGUGUGGCCAGAGAGGCGAGAGAAGAACAUGAGGCCUGUGCAGAAGAAAAGGCAGUGUCUGACAGAGAAGAGGAGGAAGAGGUGAAGGAGGAGCAGGGCACGCCAGCCACACUGCUGUGGUUGAUCCAGAAGUUGUCCCGGAUAGCAAAACUGGAAGCUGCUUAUUCACCUAGGAACCCCUUGAAGAGAAUGUGCAUCUAUAAGUUUCUUGGCGCUGUAGCAGUGGAUCUUGGGAUAGACAAGGUAAAGCCAUAUCUCCCAAUGAUCAUAGCUCCUUUGUUUCGAGAACUGAACAGCACCUAUUCGGAACAAGAUCCUUUGCUGAAGAAUCUAUCCCAGGAAAUCAUAGAAUUACUUAAAAAGCUGGUUGGGCUCGAGAGCUUCUCUUUAGCUUUUGCCUCUGUACAGAAACAGGCUAAUGAGAAAAGGGCACUCCGGAAAAAGAGGAAGGCUCUGGAGUUUGUAACUAAUCCUGAUAUUGCUGCCAAGAAAAAACUGAAGAGACACAAAAAUAAAAGUGAAGCAAAGAAGAGAAAGAUAGAAUUCCUACGUCCAGGCUAUAAGGCCAAGAGACAAAAAAGCCACAGCCUGAAAGAUUUAGCAAUGGUGGAGUAAAGUCUCCUUAUGCCGAUACCUAAGCAUAAUUUAUACUGACCCUGCUGAGUUUUCUGGUUUGUUCUGCUAGUCUGAAGUCACAGCAGGUUUAACUAUUUAUGUUAAAUCUUUGGCAUAGAUUGUAUAAUAUAUAGUUUAAUGUAAUCAUGCUCAUUUUUUUAAUUAAAAUGUUUCAUACUA